AGUUUAUUACAAACUUUUAACAUCUAAUCAGCUGCUUCAGUUCAGAGCUUGUGACUGUUUUUUAAAAAUAUAAAAUGUUAGAAAAAAGGUAGCACAAUACCAGCUAUGUACUAUGGCAUAAUUUAGCACAAUAUCAAUAUUUUACUGACGUACUUAAAGUAAAACACUGUAUUUGUGUGUGAAACAGAUAAUUUCUCCUGAGUCACACAUUUCACUCUAUUGCUUCAUUUUAUUCAACUGCAGCCAUUAAAGAUAAAGUGCAUAUAUGGGUUAUAUGACCACUUAAGAUACCGGAGUUACUAAGUCUCAAAGGUCGGCAGGAGUGUUAAAUUUAGUCGUGCAGUAGUAUUGUCUCUCACACACACCCACACACUCCUACUACCCUGCUGCCUUGUAACUACCUGUCUGAUAGGUUUUACGUGUGUCCUGAGGGUGGAGCUCACAAAAUACUAGACAGCUGUUCACUUUGGGUUCAUCAGUUGUGUAUGUGUUGGUGUGUGUGUUUGAGAAGAAACAAGGGUGUGCGGAUUAUGGAUUUCACUUACCAUUCCAGCUGAAAGGCACCUCUGCUCAGCCUGAUGAUGAUGAAAAAGGGGAUGAUGACGGUAGUCUGGUCCAUCCCCAUAGGCACCAGUAGUUUUGUGUGAGGGGAGAAGACGCCUGGAAUCAGACUAGAGGACCACUAGAGAGUCGAGGAGUGGAGAGGAUGUCUGCAAGUACGCCUAAUUCAGCCCCACCCCCUAAAAAGAGCCGGGGGAAACAGGAGACAGAGACUCUACAGGCAGCCAAUGAGGAGCUCAAGGCCAAACUAAGUGAUGUACAAAAUGAGCUGCAGCAGGAGAGGGCAAAGGUGUGUAAGCUGCGUGAGCGGCUGCAGGAGCUGCGGGCGCAGCGGGAGGCUGAGCAGCACAGGCAUGCAGUUGCGCAGACCGAGCUGCGGGUGAAGCUACGAGAGGAGAAACAGCGUGAGGUAGCAGCUAUGCGUGACUCUCUGAGCCGGCAGCAUGAGGCUGAGUUAGCCCGUGCUGCCCGCUUGCGCCACUCUGAACUUGGGCGUCUGCAGAGCCUGGUGAAUGUGCUGCGUAAUGGCAACGGUGCCGCCGAGUUGAGGGAGGAGGCACGCGAGGAGGCGCGCAGGAUGUAUGAGGCCGAGAGACUUAAACUGACACAGGAGCUGCAAGAGGCCAAGGCAGCACGCAGACAGGCUGAGGAAGCGCUGACCAACGCUGUGCAGGCUGAUAAAGCCAAAGCAUCUGAUCUCAGAGCAGCACAUCAGGCCCAUCAGGAGGAGAUCCAGAGGAUCAAACGUGACAGCGAGAAGGAAGUCCGCAGACUGAUGGAGGAGCUGCGGGGGAGGGAUCGUGUUGUACAGACUUUGGAAAAGGAGCUGGGUGUGCAAGCAGGUCAGACUCAGCGCCUACUGCUGCAGAAAGAGGAGGCCGAGCGGCACCAUGGUAGCCCAAAGAGAGAGGUGGCUCCUGCCCUUGGAGACAACACAGACUCCGUCAUUAACCAGGAAGUAGAUGAGAGGGACACUCGCAGAUUCCAGCUUAAGAUCGCUGAGCUGCAGGCUGUCAUCAGGAAACUGGAGGACAGAAACACACUGCUGUCAGAUGAGAGGACUGAACUGUUAAAGCGUGUUCGGGAGACAGAUGGACAAAUGAAACCACUGUUAGAGAAGAACAGACGGAUAAGUAAAAAGAAUGAAGAGCUCCUGCAGACCCUGCAGCGCAUGGAGGACAAACUAAAAUCCCUUAGCCGUGAGAACGCUGAAUUAAAGGAGAAGACAAUCUUGGACUCCCAGCAAGCAGUGCUGAAGAGGACCAGCUCUCUGACAGACCUAAGCCACGCCCACGAGGAGCAGGAGGUGGAAUUUCUGCGGCUGCAAGUCAGUGAACAGCGCAAUGUCAUUGAGGAGCUCACUCAGGAGCGGGAUAGACUGAUAUUCAACAAAAAGAACAAGAGGAAAAAUAUCAAAUUGCCAAAGAGGCAUGUUGUGGAGACAUAUUUUGGAUUUGAUGAGGAGUCCAUAGAUUCAGAAACAUCGUCUCUGACAUCAUACAACACAGACCGCACAGACCACACCCCAGCCACCCCAGAGGAGGAGCUUGAGGAGGCCUUCUCCAGAGAGGAGGCGGAGCUUCGUUUUCGGCAGCUGACACGAGAAUACCAGGCACUUCAGCGAGCGUAUGCUCUCCUCCAGGAGACCACAGGCCCUCUCGACCCUGAGAGACACUGCAGGACACGGGAGCAGCUGCAGGCGGAGCUGAACGCCUGCCAGGCGAGGAACGCUGACUUGGAGAGGAGCCUGGCAGAAAAGGGGCAGGACUCAAAAUGGGUGGAGGAGAAGCAGAAUCUCAUUAGGAUCAAUCAGGAACUAAGAGAAAAGAUAGAGUUACUGAAGCAGUCCGAGCUGUGUUUGCGCUCCGAGGUGAGAGACACACAAGACCAAAAUGAGCUGCUGGAGUUCCGCAUACUCGAACUGGAAGAGAGGGAGCGGCGCUCUCCUGCCUAUAACUUGCACAUCUCUGCCACGGAAAACAGCAGCAGCAGCCUGCAGCUCCACUGCCAACGGGAGGGUAUCAAGGUGCACACACCUACAUUCAGCUGCAUACACAUGCAGGAUGUCAUUAUCCCUGAACUCAUGAAAAAGCUGGACAUCCUGGGUGACAAUGGGGUAAAACUGUUUGUCAGUUGUGUCACGGUUAAUACACACUGCUGUAGUUCUCAAAUCAUUCUGUGUUUCCUCUUUUUCUCUCAGAACUUGCGGAAUGAGGAGCAGGUCACUGUGAUCCAGGCAAGCACUGUGCUGUCUCGCUGUGAGAAGUGGCUGAAACAGAUAGACAGCACCGAGGCAGCACUUACACAAAAGAUGAUUGACCUUGAGAACGAAAAGGAGCUGUUUAGUAAGCAGAAGGGCUUCCUGGAGGAGGAGCUAGACUACAGAAAGCAGGCUUUAGACCACGCCCAUAUGAGAGUGCAGGAGCUGGAGGCCACACUGUAUGCUGUGCUGCAGCAGGAUCCAAAUGGCCGGUUGGGUGAGAGCUUGAGCGAGAGGCAGAGGGCGGAGCUAGCGGAGUCUAUGGAGGCAGUGCGGAGGCAGAUCCUCAGACAGAGCCGCCAUGCUGACACACUGAUCUUACAGCAGCGUAUGGAGCUCCUCCAGUCUGCACAACAGAGGAUCAGAGAGUUGGAGGACAAGAUCGAUAUGCAGAGACGACAAAUCAAAGAGAUCGAAGAGAAGUUUUUAUUUCUGUUCCUAUUUUUCUCUUUAGCUUUUAUUCUCUGGCCUUAAACACACACACACACACACACACAUACACACAGAUACACAUUCUCUCACUUUCUCUCUCCCCCCCCC